AUGAACCGGGUCUGUUCACUGAAAUACAAGCAGCUGCUCGGAGAGCUGAGGACCUCCAACAUGGCCACCAGAGGAUGCUCUACUGAGCAUGCUCCAGUCUCUCCUGACUCCCUGCCUGCCGCUCUGCCUGCUCGCUCGCCCAAUGAGCUCGCCUCUGCGCCUCAGGGCCUAGCCAAUCAGUGUCCUGUCCAGUCUCCAGAGCCCGCCCUGGUAGCCCCCGCCUCCCAGAGCCUGAAGCGACAGUCGGGCGCUGCCUACGGUCUGCAGCACAAACCUGCAGUCGCCAGCCAAUACGGUCAGGCUCCUCCCAUGUACCAUGCUCCGCCCAUGCAACAAGCCCCGCCCCCACCGCAGUACCAGCAGCCUCCACCGCAGUACCAGCAGCCUCCCAUGCAGCAGAGCUCCAUCCAGAUCCCCAUGGGAGCCGCUCCUCCGAAGGUGGUCAGCACCGCCUGCAUCUACCCGACCCAGCCAGCUCCAGCUCCGGUCCCGGCCCCGAUGCAGCCUGCGGCGCCCGCCCCUCCCUCCAGCAGGCCGCCCUGGGUGACCGACAACUCCUUCGCCGACAAAUUUGACCCCAGUAAGACCACCACCACCAGCAUGAAGGUCCAGCCGCUUCCACAGGCCGCCCCACCACCCCCGGCCUACAUCCCCAACCCCUCACCAGCCCCGGCAGCACCCAGCCCCGCCCCUUUCACCCCCAGCCCCGCCCCCUUCCCUCCUGUGGCGAGGGGCGUGGCCCAGAGGGCGGAGAGGUUUGCUGCGAGCAACCGCACCCCGCUCUGUGGAUUCUGCAACAGCAUCAUCAGGGGUCCCUUCCUGGUGGCGCUGGGCCGGUCCUGGCACCCCGAGGAGUUUAACUGCCACUACUGCCACAUGUCGCUGGCCGACGUCAGCUUCGUGGAGGAACAGAACAACGUCUACUGCGAGAACUGCUACGGCGAGUUCUUCGCCCCGACCUGCGCCCGCUGCAACACCAAGAUCAUGGGGGAGGUGAUGCACGCCCUGCGGCAGACAUGGCACACCACCUGCUUCGUGUGCGCAGCCUGCGGCAAGGCCUUCGGAAACAGCCUCUUCCACAUGGAGGAUGGAGAGCCGUACUGCGAGAAAGAUUACGUUGCACUAUUCAGCACCAAGUGUCAUGGCUGUGACUUCCCCGUUGAGGCAGGUGAUAAGUUCAUCGAGGCUCUGGGUCACACCUGGCACGACACCUGCUUCGUCUGCGCGGUUUGCCAUGUGAACCUCGAGGGCCAGCCUUUCUACUCGAAGAAAGACAAGCCUUUGUGCAAGAAGCACGCUCACGCCAUCAACGUGUAGACGGGACCCUGCAGGAGCGGCGGUGGGCGGGGCCAACUCGCUCUGGAUCCCCCCCCCCGCCAGCCGCCACCGGCCGAUACGACAACAAAAACAGCCGAAGAGGAAGAAGAAGACAACAAAAACAGCUGAAGAGGAAGAAGAAGACAGCUUACAGAUGUGUGCAAACACUGUUCAUGCAAAACACACUUUGGUUUGAGACUGUUUUUUUUUUUUUUUUUUUUUUUUUGGGGCGUUGAUGUUUGAAACGCCACUGCCUGACGACCCGCUUGAAAACAGGAAAUAUUUGUUCUGCCCUCCACCGUACCCACUUCAUUAUCUAGCUGUGGUGUUUUC